AAUUGCAUGAUUUUAAUUAAACUUUCCUCGCUGAUUUUAGUGUUGCUAAGAUUAAAAAAUAAUUUUCUUACACGUUUAGCAUCAAAUCAGAUAUAUCAUGACUAUAUCAUCAAGUUCUACUACUGUAGGCUCAGGCGGAAAAUCUGGCCCUAAAACUGGAAUCCCGAGAAUGAGUGCAGGUACUAGUGGCACAAGACAAAGAAAGACGGUAACAUCAUCUAAUGUUUCAAGGGGACGAACAGCUGCAAAUACUGGAGCUAUGUGGAGGUUUUAUACAGAUGAUUCACCAGGAAUUAAAGUGGGACCAGUUCCAGUAUUAGUCAUGAGCUUGUUAUUUAUAGCAUCUGUAUUUUUAUUACAUCUUUGGGGAAAAUAUACUAAAGCCUAAACUAUAUAAAAUAUUUAUAUAAUAAUUUGUUUAUUUAUAUAUAUAUAAAUCAUUAAAAAAUAAAUAUUGU